AUGGUGUCGCAAACUGAGCUGGAGAUCGCUAUUUAUGCCAAGGUCGGCGAUAUCCAAACCCUCUUCGUAUCCGAUGUGUCGGGUGGAUGUGGCCAAGCCUACGAUGUUGUUAUUGUGUCCAACCAAUUCGAAGGCAAAUCCACACUGCAGCGUCAUCGAUUGGUCAACGAUCGCUUGAAAGAGGAAAUUGCUUCGAUGCAUGCCUUCUCGCAGAAAACAUAUACACCGAAACAGUUUGAAGAUUUGCGCUCCAAGGUCGCACGGCAAGUCCCAGCUUCUGCACCGGCAGCGGCAGCAGCUCCAGCUUCUGCGAUCCGGACAGAGGAUGUGGCUCCGCCCUCGGCCCUCGCGCCGGCGCCAUCGCUGACCACCGGUCCGCCUCUAGGUGAUACGGCACGGUCGUCUCCACGUCUCAGCGCCUCGACUGCUCACCCAGCCACACCUGUGCGUGCUCCGGCCAUCACGAUUCCCACCUCUCAGGAAUCUACGGAUUCGGUCAUGGUGCCUGAGCUCACACUUACCCCCGUCACCUCUUCUCGACCGUCGUUGCGCUCUUCUCGAUCGUCCAGCUCCAACUCGGUGCCUGUCCCUUCAUCGACAAUCCCCUGCGAAGCCAGUCGGAUCUCUCGCUCCCAUUACUCGCAGAUUGCCAACCCCGCAUUUUGGCUGCACUUGCGGCAGCUGCUCGAGCAAGAAUGCAUGGGCGUGUCGAAAGAGACCCUAUCAAACGACCGUGCCUCCGGACCAGGGGAUGCAGAGGUGGAAGCUCUUUUUGAAGACUUUUUCUUAAGCCAAAAAGAUUAUCUCACGGCAAAUGACAUUGCGCGGAUUCGCGAUGGGACAGGCAUGUUCGUUUCGUAG